UACCAUUUCCGAGAACAAGUAAGCAAAGAUCUCAAAGUCUUUUUCGCAGGAGAGGGGGAAAAGAGGAGAAAGGAAGGAAAACAAAAAUCUCCAUUGCUGCCCAUCUUUUUGCAGUAGGGAGCUUUGCCGCUGCUCUAAUUUCAUCUGAUCCGGUCUGUUUUAGCCUAUAUAUAUGGUUUUGUACAUAAUCAUUUGCUUUUUCUUUUUUUCCCCCAAUUUCUCCGUACUUGUGAAGCGGGAGGGGACAAAUGGAGACCUAAAUUUCGCUUCUCCUAAUAUGUUGGUCGACGGUUUAUGAUUUUUAGGGUUUUUUGGUGAAAUAGGGCCGUUUCUGGGUGAAACAUGUGGACUGGUUAGCUAGGGUUAGUGAAGUAGUCAGGAGCUUUUUCGUGUGUAUGAAGAUACGGUGUUUUCCUUUUCUGUGUUUUGGAGGAGAAGAGGAAGAUAAUAAUAUCAGUUCUACUAAUUUAUAUUAUUUUUAUUGUUGUAAGACGGUAAAGAGCACAAUGAGGAAGGACAUUUGGGGGACUGAACCCGAGGAAAUGGAGACCGAUGAUUCUGAAUUAGGUUUUUGGCCUACUUUUCACAAUGUUGGUGGCGGUGGUGCUGAGGGGGAGGGGUUAAGGCUACAGGCAAGUGGUGAGAGAGCAAAUGGGAAUGAGAGAAACGAAGGGUUUGGUGUUGAUGUCGAUUUCAACGAAAAAAGUGACAACUUCUUGCAGUGGAUAAUUGGGUCAAGGCAUUCUGCCAGUGGUGGUAGUGGAAGCCAAGGGGUGAACUUGGAUGUUAAUUUGAAUUUGGGGUUGGGUGGUGAGUCUUCAUGUUCAUCUUCAUCAAUGAUUGCUACAGGAAGAGAGAAUUGUGAUCGAGAUAUACAGAAUAAACGGCCCAAAGUUCAUUCUUUUUCUCUGGAUUGGGGCACUAAUUUUGAAAAUGAAAUUCAUGACCUUGCUCCCGUGCAUGAGGAGGUUGGUGAUGAGGAUCUCCCUGAUUCUAGCAUUGCAGGAGGCAAUGCUAGAAAUCGUGAUGAUACUUUAAAAAUAGCAGUUUCGGAGGUUCGGAUGGAUCUUACUGAUGACUUACUGCAUAUGGUUUUCACUUUCUUGGAUCACAUUGAUCUUUGUCGAGCAGCAAGAGUUUGCAGGCAGUGGAGAGAUGCAAGUUCUCAUGAAGAUUUCUGGCGGUACUUGAAUUUCGAGAAUCGAUUCAUAUCUGUGCAGCAAUUUGAUGACAUGUGCCGGCGGUAUCCUAACGCUACUGCAGUAAAUAUUUAUGGUGCUCCUGCUAUCCAUCCUCUUGUGAUGAAGGCCAUCUCUUCAUUGAGAAAUCUUGAGGUUUUAACUCUGGGCAAAGGCCAGUUAGGCGAGACCUUUUUCCAAGCCUUAACAGAUUGCCACAUGUUGAAGAGUUUAACCAUCAAUGACGCUACUUUGGGUAAUGGAAUUCAGGAAAUUCCCAUUUACCAUGAUAGAUUGCAUGAUCUUCAGAUAGUGAAAUGCCGUGUGCUCCGUAUUUCUAUCAGGUGCCCCCAGCUUGAAACCUUGUCCCUCAAGCGCAGUAGUAUGCCUCAUGCAGUUCUUAAUUGCCCCCUUCUGCGAGAGCUUGAUAUAGCUUCCUGUCACAAGCUUUCAGAUGCUGCAAUCCGUUCAGCAGCCACAUCAUGCCCACUCUUGGAAUCCUUGGACAUGUCCAAUUGCUCAUGUGUCAGCGAUGAGACACUGCGAGAAAUAGCGAUGACUUGUGGAAAUCUCCAUAUUCUUGAUGCUUCAUACUGCCCAAACAUAUCUCUUGAAACCGUGAGACUUCCAAUGUUGACUGUUCUUAAGCUUCAUAGCUGCGAGGGUAUAACGUCUGCUUCAAUGGCUGCUAUAGCUUCUAGUUAUAUGCUUGAGGUUCUUGAGCUUGAUAAUUGCAGUUUGUUGACGUCAGUAUCUUUGGAUCUGCCACGCCUGAAGAACAUAAGGCUCGUACAUUGCCGGAAAUUUGUUGAUUUAAAUUUAAGAAGCAGUGUGCUAUCCUCCAUCACAGUUUCUAAUUGCGCCUCUCUCCAGAGAAUCAGUAUUACAUCAAAUGCGCUGAAAAAACUGGUCUUGCAAAAGCAAGAAAGCUUGACAACAUUAACACUGCAAUGCCAAAGUUUGCAAGAAGUAGACCUUACUGAAUGCGAGUCUUUGACCAACUCCAUUUGCGAAGUUUUCAGCACAGGAGGAGGCUGUCCUUUGUUGAGAUCAUUAGUGCUUGAUAGUUGUGAGAGUUUGACAGCAGUGAGUUUCUGCAGUACAUCUUUAGUCAGUUUGUCACUUGCUGGUUGCCGUGCAAUAACUUCUCUUGAACUCAGAUGCCCUUACCUGGAGCAUGUCUCAUUAGAUGGUUGUGACCAUCUUGAGAGGGCUUCAUUUUCACCUGUUGGUCUUAGGUCCUUGAAUUUGGGCAUUUGCCCCAAAUUGAAUGUGCUCCAUGUUGAAGCACCACUUAUGGUUUCACUUGAAUUGAAGGGGUGUGGUGUAUUAUCUGAAGCAUUGAUCUAUUGCCCACUUCUCACUUCUUUGGAUGCAUCUUUCUGCAGCCAGCUCAAGGAUGACUGCUUAGCUGCUACAACAUCUUCGUGCCCGCUUAUUGAAUCAUUGGUGUUGAUGUCAUGCCCCUCUGUUGGUCCUGAUGGGCUUUCGUCUUUGCGCUGCCUUCCCCACUUGACCUACCUGGAUCUGUCCUAUACCUUUUUAGUCAAUCUGCAGCCUGUUUUUGACUCCUGUUUGUAUCUAAAGGUUCUAAAAUUGCAAGCAUGUAAGUAUCUUAGUGACACAUCAUUGGAGCCUCUCUACAAAGGUGGUGCUCUACCAGCCCUCUGUGAACUGGACUUGUCCUAUGGGACACUCUGCCAGUCCGCAAUAGAGGAGCUGCUUGCUGGAUGUAUGCAUUUAACUCAUGUCAGCUUGAACGGUUGUGUCAAUAUGCACGAUCUGGAUUGGGGAUUUCAUGAUGGACUGUCUGAAAUCAGCACCUUUUCCGGUUCAUUUGACUCUACUUCUCGGGAAAAUGGCCUCCCGUCUAAGGACCAACCUAGCCGCCUGCUGCAGAACCUAAACUGUGUUGGUUGCCCGAAUAUCAAGAAGGUGGUUAUCCCUCCAACAGCCAGAUGUUUCCAUUUAUCAUCAUUAAACCUCUCAUUGUCUUCAAACUUGAAGGAAGUUGAUAUAUCUUGUUGCAAUUUGUUUUUUCUUAACUUGAGCAAUUGUUACUCGUUGGAAAUUUUGAAGCUUGACUGUCCAAGAUUGACCAGUCUUUUCCUUCAGUCGUGUAAUAUUGAUGAGGAUGCUGUGGAAACUGCCAUAAUGCAAUGUAACAUGCUGGAGACUCUUGAUGUUCGCUUUUGUCCAAAGAUAUCUCCAUUGAGCAUGAGUUCAUUGCGCAUGGCAUGCCCGAGUUUGAAACGCAUCUUCAGCAGCUUGGCACCACCAUGACCCAAACGGAAAAUACAUGGAAGCAUGAACUGAGCAUAGUUUGUAUUUACAGUCAAUACAUAACAUAUUGAUCAUUUCCGCUAGAGUCGCAUAUAUAUAAUAUUAUAUAUAUUGAUUUUCUGAGUGGUGUUCAACGCCUUGGUGCUUGAAUCAGAUGCUUGCUGAGGAGGAUACCAUAGGUCAUUUUGUAGUAUUUUCAUCUGAUUAUUACAUGCUUGGUUAAUCAAGUGAAGCAGAAUUCUAUUACUCGUAUUUUAUUGAAUUUACAUUAUUUGCUACUGGGGUGAGGUUCUUAAUCUUGGUUAUACCAGUUGAUUAUGGUCGAAUAUACUGCCUUCCGACGUAUCAACUUGAUACUCGGAUUUCGUGUGGAUGGUGUUCUGAUUCAUACAAGAUCUGACGUACUGUAAGAAUAUUAGUGUAUCAUGUACAAUGUUAUAUAAUUAUAGCUUUGGACCACCACAUUCUU